AACAUUAUGUCUCCAAGGAAACACCUACAACAGCGUCAUUCGCCAUUGGAUUGAAAAAAAGGUCGAGUGUUUGUAAACUAUGGCUGACUAUACCGCCAUGCCUCUUAGAUAUGUGACGCAUAUAUUUUUUAUUCUCUUAUGAUUAAGGAAUAAAUGAUGGAAUUUGAAAUAACGCGCACAAGGCCUUCGCUUUUUGGGGAUAUUGCACAUGGUCUGGGGUUCUGGACUGAUCGUUCGGCAGUGCAUGAGGCCGCAGCUCAGGGCAGAGCUGUGCAGCUCCAAAAACUGAUUGAGAAUGGAGCAUCUGUCAACAUUGUGGCCGUGGACUCUAUCACGCCCCUCCAUGAGGCCUGUAUACAGGGCCAAACACAGUGUGUGAAGCUGCUCCUGGAAGCUGGAGCUAAUGUUGAUGCACGUAACAUUGACGGCAGCACUCCGUUGUGUGACGCCUGUGCUGCUGGUAGUCUGGAGUGUGUGAAGUUGCUGUUAGAACAUGGAGCCAUGGUGAACCCUCCCCUCUUCACCUUCUCACCCCUGCAUGAAGCCUGCAUGGGCGGUAACUCUAAAUGUGUUCAGCUCAUGAUUGAUGAAGGUGCGUUUAUGGAAGCCCAUGACUGCCACUUCGGCACUCCUCUGCAUGUGGCGUGUGCAAGGCAGCAUCUCGACUGCGUCAAGGUUCUGCUGAAUGCAGGUGCAAAUGUAAAUGCUGCUAAACUUCAUGAGACCGCACUGCAUCAUGCUGCUAAAGUGAAAAAUCUGGAACUAAUUGAGCUUUUGGUAGAAUUUGGGGGAAAUGUUUAUGCCAGAGACAACCUCGGCAAAAAGCCCAUUCAGUACACCAGAGCCAGCUCAGCAUCUGCCCUCUGCCUGGAGUUUUAUGAAUCCACACCCCUCAGUCUUCAGCAGUUAUGCAGAAUUGCUCUCAGAAAUGCCCUCGGGAAAAGGGCGCCGGGGGUGUUGACUCAACUGGGCCUCCCAAACCGAAUCAUCUGUUUCCUGUCUUAUUUACCAGCCCCUUCCCUGGAACUUGACGAUCUGACAUGAUGCUUCUGUCCAGGUCAUCAAUAAUGAACACAGCAAUGACUGUGAUUAAGAAUAAGGGACUUAGAUCAUUGGUUUCCAGGAGGAAGGAGAUUUCUCAUUGCGAAGCGCAGCUACUGUAACAGCUGCACUCAGUAUUUGUCAUGUAUUUGUUGAUAUUUUUCCCACUGCAGGGAACCAAUAGGGAACCAUACCAACCAUUGUCACUUGGUAUGGAUGCAGUGUACUGCCAAAAUUCCUAGAAUAAUUUGACUGGCAAAAAAGCACCUUUCACAAGAAAUAAUGGUAUUUUCUGUCUUGCAUCACGUUUUGACUGCCGACACAUCUUACAGCAUGGCAAAAUAAGCUUGUUUUCAUGCACUUUAUCCAGCUAUAAUAUUAGUUGUAUAAUUAACUUUCAUGAUUUUAUUUGUUAUAGAUUUGUAAACGCACUCUAUAUAAAUAGUCUUAUUUUAUUUCAAGUUUUAUAUGAAUUAUGCAAAUUGUAUUUUAGCUAGUUCUUAUUUAUGUGAAAUAUACAAUGCUUUAUAAAUGAUUUGUUUUCUGUUGUACAUAGUUGUUUUUUUUUUUUUGUUUUUUUUAAAUGUUGUUUUGGUUUUACUUCGAUUGUGCGUAUUAGAGAAUAAUUGUAACAGAAAUAUUCCAUUUAUGUUUUACUUGACUGGUUGUGAGAAUUGACCAGACUUACUACUUGCAAAGGCACAAUGGUUUUGUUUUUCAGCCACUUCUCUAAAGUUUUAAUUUUGCUGCAGUUUGUACAUUCCAAACAGAUAUCUAUUAAAGUUUUAAUAAUAUAA